AAACCAAGAUCUAUUUGAUUUGACUCAAUGUUUAUCUAGCCCUUUCUUUUCAUCUUCUAGGGUUUCUUCACUGUUCGCUCUUACGACCUCACCUGAAUUUCUUUGCGAUUCUUUUUCUCUCUACAGUCCCUACCGUCGGACACUAGAAUUAAUUCAAGAUGGAGGGAAAGGGUAAUCUGGAAGUGUCAAUAGAGCAAUUGUUGAAUGUGGAGAAGCAGAUGAGGUUGGCUGGUGAAGUCGCCGGCACUAAGAAGGCCGUCACUGAAAUUCUCCAACUCUGCUUUGAAGCUAAGGAUUGGAAGGUCCUUAAUGACAUGAUUCUCGUCUUGUCCAAAAAACGUGGUCAACUCAAGCAGGCUGUGACAGCGAUGGUCCAACAAGCGAUGCAGUACAUUGACCUCACUCCAGAUCUUGAAACUCGUAUAGAGCUUAUUAAAACACUUAACAAUGUGUCUGCAGGAAAGAUAUAUGUUGAAAUUGAGAGAGCACGGUUGAUAAAGAAACUUGCAAAAAUGAAGGAAGAACAGGGACUUAUAGCCGAAGCUGCAGAUUUGAUGCAAGAAGUUGCAGUGGAAACUUUUGGUGCCAUGGCGAAAACUGAGAAAAUUGCAUUCAUUCUUGAACAAGUUCGUUUGUGCCUGGACCGUCAAGAUUAUGUCCGUGCUCAAAUUCUCUCCAGGAAAAUCAGUCCAAGGGUCUUUGAUGCUGAUACUUCAAAAGAAAAGAAAAAACCCAAGGAAGGUGAGAAUGUUGUUGAAGAGGCUCCUGCUGAUAUACCCUCAUUAUUGGAGUUGAAGCGGAUCUACUAUGAAUUGAUGAUAAGGUAUUAUUCCCAUAACAACGAUUAUCUUGAAAUUUGUCGAUGCUAUAAGGCCAUAUAUGAGAUUCCCUCUGUCAGGGAGAAUCCAGCCCAGUGGAUUCUGGUUCUGAGGAAAAUAUGUUGGUACUUAGUUUUAUCGCCACAUGACCCGAUGCAGUCAAGCCUUCUGAACUCCACAUUGGAGGAUAAGAAUCUUUUUGAGAUUCCAAAAUUUAGGUUGCUACUGAAACAGUUAGUAACGAUGGAGGUUAUCCAAUGGACCUCUCUGUGGACUUCAUACAAGGAGGAGUUCGAGAACGAGAAAAACCUGCUUGGAGGUUCUUUGGUUGACAAAGCAGCGGAAGAUUUGAGGCAAAGAAUAAUUGAACAUAAUAUCCUCGUUGUUUCAAAAUACUACACAAGGAUUACCUUGAAGAGACUUGCGGAGCUUCUGUGUCUCAGCAUCCAGGAAGCUGAGAAGCAUCUAUCAGAAAUGGUCGUGUCGAAAGCAUUGGUUGCAAAGAUUGACCGGCCAAUGGGAGUAGUCUCUUUCCAAGUUGCGAAGGAUAGCAAUGAUGUUCUCAACUCAUGGGCAAUGAACUUGGAGAAGCUGCUUGAUCUUGUUGAGAAGAGCUGCCAUCAAAUACACAAAGAAACCAUGGUUCACAAAGCUGCUCUGAAAGUCUGAGAAGUUUCCAUGGUUGGAUUGAGAGCUUCUUAUCCUCAUUAUUCAAUGAAAUUCAUCAUUUGUCGGUAUUCUGGGAAAGGAGGAAAGAAAGCAGUCUGAAUUGUUCUGCGACAUCGCAACAACCAAGCCACAAGAUUGGGAAUUUCAAGAUCAAUGGUUCAACUAGAUGCUCGUUUACUGUUUUUAGCCACUGGCAGUCACCGAGGUUCAAAUAGACGAUAUAAUUGAGUUUUCUGAAACAGUGAAAAAGAGCAAAAACUUGUUGCUUCUUCGUUUAGAUUUUCUCGGAUUCGGUUGCUUCCACGUUUAGAUUGUCUUUCUAAACAAGGAAUGAUUUUUCUGUCAAAGCCAGAAAGCAAAGAACAAAUAGGUUGUUGACUUGUAUGCAAUUUAUGUUUGGAUAAUUGGACUAAUAUAAUAAACAAAAUCAUUUCGUAGACCAA